AUGACCUUGAUGGAGUUUAACCAGUCUGAUCUCUGUGAGCAGUUCUCCUGUCCAGAGAGAUCUGUAUCUCCUGCAGGUUAUAUCUUACUGUACAUGUGUUCAGCUGCUGUGGUUCUGCUAACAGUUUGUGGAAAUCUGCUCGUCAUCAUUUCAGUUCUCCACUUUAAGCAGCUCCACACACCAAGCAACACACUUGUGCUCUCUCUGGCUGUGUCGGAUUUCCUCGUUGGUGCUUUAGUGAUGCUACCAGAGUUAAUCUGGGCAAUUGAGUCAUGCUGGAUUUUUGGAAGAAAUUUCUGCAUCAGUUUUUCAUUGAUUAGUGGUUUUCUCAUGGACCAAUCCUUCUAUAACAUCGCUCUGAUCGCCAUAGAUCGGUAUUUGGCUCUCUCAAACCCAUUUCUCUACACAAACAAAAUCACUAGAAGAGCUACAUGCACUGUAAUUUACUCUAACUGCUGUUUGUGUCUGACUUAUAUCACAGCAAUCUAUUAUUUUAAUGGAGGUUUCAUGAGUUUUGCAAUGUGCCCUGGAGAGUGUGUUUACUUUCUGAAUGAGGCUUGUUCUAUAAUUGAUCUUGUUGUAUCAUUUAUAUUUCCACUUUCUGUGAUAAUCAUAUUGUAUACCCGAGUUUUUGUGAUUGCUAAGAAACAUGCCACUGCUAUCAGAGAGGUUAAUAAUCACACACGACCUAAAACACAGAAAAUCACCUCACACUCGAUGAAAUCUGAGAGAAAAGCUGCUAAAGUCCUUGGAAUUUUAGUGUCUGUGUUUCUGUUGUGUUUACUUCCAUAUUUUAUAUAUAGUUUAUUAUUAGGCAAUGUUAUUGAAGUAAAGGUAGAAACAUUUCAAAAAGUUUUGAUCAUGCUUUAUCUUAAUUCCACAAUUAAUCCAAUUAUUUAUGCUCUAUUUUACCCGUGGUUUAGGAGGUGCAUUAAAUUAAUUUUAACUCUAAAAAUAUUCCAAACAGAUUCUGCCUUAAUUAAUGUUCUUUCAUGA